AGUACAGCUGAGGACUCAAACAGUGGCCUGAACUUCAGGGAGAUCACACAAACUUUGGAGCUUAAGAAGAGGGCUGUAGCCUGUACCGGCGCUACAGGUAUGGAAGCCGGCGGAAAUGUAUCGCAGAGCGGAGAUACACGCGAGCUUCCAAACGAGGACGACUUUGUGGUUCUAGAACGGGGUGACGCUUUGGUGCCGCUUGACAGGGAAAGCAGUGUCCAUUUCAGUCAGGAGAUAAAAACAGAAGAUCGUCAAUCCGCCGGCAGGAAUAGAGUUGAGGUAGAUGCCACGCAACUAUCCAGGAAUCACCUGCCAGAAAAGAGUCUGGGUCAACGCUCGGUGAACGCGACAGAGGGCAGACUGAGACAUAGCAAGACAACCGAGAGAGGAAACGUGCAGCACGUGUGCACAACAAGCCAUAACGAGGCAGCUAAGACCACGUUAAAGACUGACAGUGACAGAGUUCAGGAGGCAGACCAGUGGAGUUGUGAAGCCUCCUCGGAGGUGUUUGACAAGCCUGAUAGAGUACGAAAAACCCAAGGGGAAGUUGCUGCGACAGGUCAGGGCAGAUAUGCCGGCGCAGUCUUGAAGGGCACAAAAGACGUCGCAGGAGAGGAUGCCCAAGCUGUCUCUAGAGAGUCUACCUCCAAGACCCGCACACCUUGUGUAAGACAGUCUCUGGAACAAUGCCAUUCCAUCAAUUGUAGCCCCAAAGGCUGUGAAGGUUUGUCACAUUUGGCACAGCUCACAAAAGAGACCGAUCCCUUUCGCUUCUAUGCGGUCAACACCCCUCCACCUUUAACUGAUCUCAUGCCUGACAAAGAAUUACCAAGCAUACAGAUGUUCACAGAUGUCACACCACAGGAGAAGCCAAAAGCCAAAGGUCCACCUCCACCAGUUCCCAAAAAAACCCCCAAACCCAUUCAUAAAGCUUAAAACAGCUCAGUUGAAGUCCGGUGAGAGACAAGUCAAAGAUCACCUCCGUUCUGAGGAGAGGACCAGGAGGAGACACACCGUCGAUGUUCACAAAGGCUUCCUAAGGAGCGCUGCGACCAAUCAGGACAUGUGCUCAUUGUGGGACGAAAGGGGCACCUACGGCAUUCUGUCCGACAUACGGCGCCUGUCGGUGGACCUCAGUCCUUGGGAACCUUUGUCGCUGGACCGUUUGGACAAUGAGUACCGAGGCUUAGUCGACUUUGACUACUGCGACCGAGUGGCGCAGUUGUCUCCGGAAGAGGAUCCUGUAGACUUGGACAUGUUGCAAAGGAGGGUAUUCCUGGAGAGACGGAAUCGGUAUAAAAAAGCACCACCGCCGGUUGCGAAAAAGCCUCCGAAUCCUUUUAUCCCCAAGGUCCAGUUAGACCGCGAAACGCAACCUUUGAGACGAGAGCUCCCGUCUGAAAGGACAAACCCCUGGGACAACGCAGCCAACUUCAAACAAGAUAGAGACACUGGAGAUCACACAGAUUCCUACAAGACCGUGUCUGAACUGGUCAAGGAAACCAUAAAGAGAAGUCAGGGCCCUGUUAGAACGGAGGUGGCCAAAACCCAGGACAGGGUGGCAGAGCAGAACCCGAGUGUCAAAGUGUCCCAGAUGAAGAAUGCCUUUGACAACCCAAAGAAAUCCAAAGAGAGGCCACAAGAAAGUCACUCGUCUCCAAAGAAAGCUAAGGAGGCUCAUCCAGGACAGGGGACCGGUUUUGAAGAUGUGGGCGGCAUCAAGAUGGCUGUGACGAUGGAGCUGCGGACACUUUGGAGAGUCCUUGAAAAGUCCUUCCAGACUGCCUGAAGAUGUGGGAGAGAAGGCUGGGAAA